CUGGGUAGCCCUUUUUAAGAGAAAAGCUAGAAACAGUGUGAAGAGCUUGGUACCGUAGCCUUUUUCUGAGGAAGUGGAAAUCUGAGAACUGUCAUUUCCAAACAAUAAUGAGUGAGAGGCAAAGUGCAGGAGCAACAAAUGGAAAAGACAAGGCAUCUGGUGAGAAUGAUGGGCAAAAGAAAGUUCAAGAGGAAUUCGAUAUAGACAUGGAUGCACCAGAGACAGAGAAAGCUGCCGUGGCGAUACAGUCUCAGUUCAGGAAAUUCCAGAAGAAAAAGGCUGGGUCACAAUCUUAAUUUCUACCUCACAAUACCCACCAUCACCACUUCCUGGUCUGUCAGGAAAUGAAGAAAUAUAAAAAAAAUCUAGAUGCAUGUACAGAAAUCCCCACUAUUUAAAAUUCCAUUGGCAGGUACUGAAACAAUUAUGCUUGUUGCGUGGCUUCAUCUGUAUGUUUCUCUAUAGUCUCAUUUCUUCUGUAACACACCAUUUUACUUCAUGGUCAAAUAAACUGUUAGGAUGAAGUUACUUCAACUGUCAGCCUUGAUCUGUCUUGUUAUAUUAAUCCAGCAAGCCCAGCGCUAUAAAUUAAAAGCAGCCCAGAUGCCUAUUUUUCUCUUCAUGUAAAGCUUGGAGACAUAAAUGCCACACCUUAUGUUAUCAACUUAUUUUUGCUGAGGAGUGACAGCAUAAACUCUCAGCUCAGCUAACUUCCUUUGGUGAAUCCAGAUGACAGCCAUAUGUGACAAUGGACAAUAUUUUACCUUAAUGAGGUGAUUGUGCAGACUACCACCAUGAACUGGGCGGUGUGGAAGAGGACUAUCUGUAAACGUGAGCAAUAUGUCUCACCGCCUAGAGAAUAAUAUGAUUUCACCAAAAAUAUUUCAUUUAUUCUUAGGUAAUUC